UGCCCUACUUUGGAUAUUCCUGCAUUGAAUGUCUGAGGAGCUCCAGCCGAUCCUGAGCCAUGUCGCAGAUGUUGCACAUAGAGAUUCCCAACUUUGGGAACACCGUUCUGGGCUGCCUGAACGAGCAGCGGCUGCUGGGGCUGUACUGCGAUGUCUCCAUCGUGGUGAAGGGCCAAGCCUUCAAGGCACACCGGGCUGUCCUGGCCGCCCCUGGCUCCCGUGCCGCCAGCAGCCUCUACUUCCGAGACUUGUUCAGUGGGAACAGCAAAAACGCUUUUGAGCUGCCAGGUACCGUCCCCCCCGCUUGCUUCCAGCAGAUCCUCUCCUUCUGCUACACCGGGAAGCUGACCAUGGCGGCGAGCGAGCAGCUGGUGGUGAUGUACACGGCGGGCUUCCUGCAGAUCCAGCACAUUGUGGAGAAAGGGACGGACUUGAUGUUCAAGGUCAGCUCUCCCCACUGUGACUCUCAGACCACCAUGAUUGAAGACCCCAGCUCGGAGCCGCAGAGCCCCUGCAACCAGCUGCAGUCGGCCUCGGCGCCCUACGUCAUGUCCCCCUCCAUGCCCAUCCCGCUCCUC